AGCGACUAUAAGGAAACAGAACUAUGUCGACUCGAGUUCAGACCUGACGGAACUGCUUCCUCUCCACAGCAAGCCUUCACGACGACCCCUAGAUGGCGUACUCCACCUCCACGAUCGCACAGGGCUGUUUCGGGAAGGUUUACAAAGAGAAGUACAACGACACCUGGGCCGCGAUAAAGAGGGUCCCCCAACAUCUCAUCAGCAGGAAGGACCUGGAGAGAGAGUGUGAUGUGUACAACAAGUUGGAUCAUCCCAACAUAGUGAGGCUUCUGGGAAACAUAAAUCUGAAAGACGGGAAAUGGGUCAUUCCUCUGGAGUUCGUCUUCGGAGAGGACCUGGAGACGACCAUCUUCAAAGCUGCCAAGUCUAAAAUACAGUUGACUCCAUCUAAUCGAGGAACUAUCAUCAUUGGCAUGUGUGAGGGGCUGCAGCACCUCCACUCCAAAGAUAUUGUCCAUCAAGACCUCAAGCCUGAAAACAUAAUGGUGGAACAUGACACACACAGGGCGGUGAUCAUCGACCUGGGACUCGCCAAGUUCUUCCGACGUGGCCUCAACUCUGCCAUUGACAUGGGCAACGAGGCCUACUCGGCCCCCGAGGUGCUGCAGAGGGGCAGCCAGCGGGACCAGCGCUCAGACGUGUGGGCCAUGGGGAAGAUCAUCGCCGAGCUCUGCGCCCGGGUUCGGCUGUACACACCCACCGUCUGCCCCGCCAAGAUCAAGGAUACCCUGCACGAUCAGCCAUACUGCCACGCUGUGUGCAGGAUGGUGGAGCCCAACCCUUCUCUGAGGGCCUCCGUGGGGGGGGUCAUCAGUGAAAUACGAAGGGCUGGAAGUGCAGGACAGGUCACCACGGCAGCUACACAGAAAGACCAUCUCAAGCCACCUUCAGCCAAUGUUAAUGCCAGGAACAGCGAUCCAUCUCCCCUGAGAAGAGAUCCAUCACCAUUCCAGAGGGAUCCUUCCCCAUUGAACAGAGACCCAUCACCAUUCAACAGGGAUCCUUCCCCAUUGAACAGAGCCCCAUCACCAUUCCACAGGGAUCCUUCCCCAUUAAACAGAGCCCCAUCACCAUACAACAGGGAUCCUUCCCCAUUGAACAGAGCCCCAUCACCAUUCAACAGGGAUCCUUCCCCAUUAAACAGAGCCCCAUCACCAUUUAACAGGGAUCCUUUACCAAUUAAACCUCUAAAAUGGGAGCGAUCACCCAGACCAGACCCCAAAGCCCAGCGCCCCACUCCCCCUGUCCUUCGGAGGACUGAGGACAAAGACAAAAGCCAGGCUAUGGUGCCAACAGGGGGGGGUGACCUCACACAGGGCCUCAUGAAUAUGAGGCUUUACCAGGAGGCCGCCAUGAAUCUGCCCUGCAACCUGCCCACGACGGGGAGGGUGGUGAUGCGGCGCUUUGAGGAGAAAAACGGGGAGGUGGGAUCUUGGGAGCAGAAGGAGGUGGUGACACGAGACGGGAAGAUCGUCAAGUUCGACAACGUCAAGUUUAACAGCAAGUAGGAACCAGCGUUCAGGGAUUCGUUAAAUGUCGUCACAGCAGUUGAACUGGUUUGUUCAGGGUCAGAGCCUCUUGGGAGAGUUUGUAAACAUACAUUUCCAAGGAGUAAACUGAGAAACCGUAAGAAAAACACUCUCUGGGUGUUUAAAGCUGUGACAAGAAGAGACUUGACAAAGUUGGUUGGUUGUGCCUGAACAUGAUGUUCGGGAAUUUUACUGAGCUGCUCAUUUUCUUGCCAAGAUUGAAAUGUCCGCGGGGGUGAACAACCAUUUUUUAAAUGCUUUUCAGCAUUUGAGCGCUUGACACUGUGAACAGUAAAUUUAUUUAAAUAAAUCGGAAAAUUCUGUUUCAGUUGCAGGGCUGUUGUUUUGGUCAGUAUUUUUUGUUUACAUUGGUUUGUAGCCGUUUCUUUAAUCUGACAAUCUGAGCUUCAUUUGAAUCAAUUGGAUCUCAUGUUUUUUUUCCACAGCAGCAGGACUCUAGUCAGUAUCACUUGUUUUAGAUUCAUAUUAUUUCCUUAUUCCUAAAGGAUGGUUUAGCAGAAAAGUUGUAGAUCUUUUGUCAUCUUCAAAUUGUCAGGAUACAAAAAAAAGAGGAUUGUGAGCAGCAGACUUUUCCUCUGGGCUCUGGUCCAUUCCUGAGUCAACAAUGGUUCAGACUCAAGAAAAGAAAACAUGUCGAUGGCUGGAAGAUGAAACGAUUGGAUUACCUCAAAGCACUUUCUGGUCGGGACCAUAUGAUAUUUUGGAGAAACCCAACAGAGAGAAAGAAAACUCCAUCAUACACAGGAAGAAACUUCUUGCAAAGCCCGACUCAAUACGAUCGAACAUCACUCGCACUCGGUUAAGGGUAAUGAUAACUCAACAGAUUUCAAUGACAUUUGGUUGGACGUGGCAUCAAGUAUCGAGGAUGUCAGUUCCUGGCAUCUUAACUGGAACUGAAUGAAUUAUCACUGUGACGAGGCAACUGGUGAAACCUGUAAUUCCUGAACUGGGAGGUGCAGAAUCACAAAAGGAGGCAGAAACCGAAAAAGCACAAACCAAUUCUGAGAAACCAUGUAAAACUCUGCCAUUGUGUAUCCAUCAAAAUAAAAUUAAGCUUUGUACAAUUUGCAUUUUAGGUCUUAUAGCAUGUUUCAAUCAGAGCCACUGAAAUGAGGUGGUUACGAUUCUGUGGCAGAUAAAAAUGACGGAUACAGAAAAGGACGUUUUUAGCUUGAUAUUUAAAAAAACAGAAAUGUGCCAGUAGGGCUGCAAUGUAAAACAAUUUCUAUUAUCAAGUAACCAGAUGUAAAUGUUUGAAACCAAGAAAAACUGAAAAAAAUUCCAGUAUCAAUAUUGUCAAAGAAGGAAAUCACUUAACUCAAGUGUACAAUGACGCGUUGAAUUCACAACAUAAAACAGGCGCUCGUGUUGUAAAUCUGUGUUGCCUCAUUCACACUGCUUCAUUAUCCCAGUGUAAUAAAGUUACUCCAUGUUUC